AUGUUACUGAGUCCUUCGGUGCCCCUGGUUGGCGCGCUUUGUGCCGGGUUCCUGAUCCUGCACUACCUUGUCCAACGCUUGCACCACUAUAAGAAAGCAAAAGCGUGGAACUGCGAGCCUCCUCGACCAGGACCUUCCGGGUUCUUUGGAAUCCCGGGAUUCUACCGCCUGAGCAAAGCGGUUCGAGAAAAGCGAUGGAUCGACUAUCUGGCCGAACAAUAUGACGUCGUGGGUCGGAAUACCUUCAGCAUGCAGUUUUUAAACCGCCGCAUGCUCACCACAAUUGAGCCGGAGAAUAUCAAAGCAGUCCUGGCGACUCAGUUCCAGGAUUUCUCUCUCGGCACACGACAUGAGCAAUUCGAUCCUCUCCUAGGCGAUGGGAUUUUCACUCUGGACGGCGCUGGAUGGUCGCAUGCACGGAGUCUGCUGCGACCGCAGUUCACGAGAGAUCAAGUCGCCGAUCUCGCGCUUUUAGAUGACCACAUUCAGCACCUGCUGAAGUUGAUCCCGAAGGAUCGCAGCAGCUUCGACAUCCAACGACUCUUUUUCUUGCUCACCCUCGACUCCGCCACCCAUUUCCUGUUCGGCGAGUCGGUGGGCUGCAUGAAUUCGUCGGAGACCACCGACGUUCUGGCCAAGUGCGCAGUUCGAAACGCCCAGGGCUUCGCGGACGCAUUCACCACCGCCCAGGAUUACUUGGCUGCUCGGUCGCGCGCCCAAGGACUGUAUUGGCUUGUCAACCCCAAGGAGUUCCGGGAAGCCAAUCGUCGGGUGCACGAAGUCGUCGACUACUAUGUGAACAUGGCACUCGCAAAAAAAAGAAAUCCGGAAAAGAAGCCAGAGGGCGGCCGUUACAUUUUCCUCGAUGCGCUGGUAGCCGAAACGGAAGAUCCCAAGAUGCUGCGAGACAAUAUGCUCAACAUUCUUCUGGCUGGUCGCGAUACCACUGCAAGUUUAUUGAGCUCGACCUUCUUCUAUCUGGCUCGUCACCCGCCUGCUUGGAAUCGUCUCCGCCAGGAGAUUGUCGAAGUGUUCGGGGAUAGCAAGAACCCCCGGGAGAUCACGCACACGAAACUAAAGGAUAUUCCAUACUUGAGAUACGUUCUGAAUGAAGGUGAGCCAUACCUUGAGACGGUGGCGCCCAUUGAUCGUUCCCAGCCCCCACUAACUGUGCCCGAAGUUCUCCGACUCCAACCUCCGGUGCCUGUCAACUUUCGAGUUGCUACCAAAGACACCUCCCUCCCCGUGGGAGGAGGUCCUGAUGGCAGGUCGCCCAUCUAUGUCCAGAAAGGCGUCAUUGUUGCUUACAGUGUUUUCGCCAUGCAUCGCCGCACCGACUUCUGGGGCCAAGACGCGACGACCUUCCGACCAGAGCGCUGGGAGGAGAACGGCAAACAUGGAUGGGAAUAUCUGCCCUUCAAUGGCGGUCCUCGGAUCUGUCUUGGCCAACAAUACGCUCUGACCGAGGCCAGUUAUACCGUUGUGCGACUGAUGCAGCAUUUCGAUACCCUUGAAAACGCGGACCCCAACCCUCGCCAGGAGCCCAUUAAGAACUCGAAUCUCACAAUGAUGCAUGAUUCGGGUGUCGCAGUGCGGCUCUAUUCUUCCGGGGGCUCCUUAAAUGGAUGA